AGACUAAAAAUGGAUGGCAGCAAAAAUAAGACAGACACCUGUUCUUUGAUCAAUCCCGGGGAGGAGAAUGAGAUGGAACUUUUUGGAUUUAAAUCGGUGGCGUGGAGACAAGUCUUUUGCAUUGUUGGGUACCUUUUCUCUCUUGGCUUCCUUCUACUUGUAUUUUAUUGGAAACCGGAAUGGGAUGUGUAUUGCCAUUGUGCCCCGUGUGACCUGGAAAAAGCUGAUGUUAUAUUACUUAGAACUACGGAUAAUUUUAAAAAAUACUGUAAGAAAAAGAUAUUUUGGGUCCACCCUUUCAGAACCGGAGACAACGGUAUAUUUGAGACAUUCACUAAUGGGAGAUCUGUUAUAGGGAAAGCUCUAAUGAAGCCAGAGAAUAAGGUGCGUUGCUUAAAAGUACAGAACAUUAGAUAUGUCUGGAACAUUUUGGAAAAAAAUUUUCAGAAAAUUGGCAUUUUAGAAGAUGAGUACUCUUGCUCAGACAUACAUACAAAGUUUGGCUCUGGUUUCACUCAAGAGGAGCAAGAGAUCCGAAAACAGGUGUGUGGCUUAAAUGCCAUUGAUGUAGAAGUUACCCCAAUCUGGAAGCUGCUUUUCAAAGAGGUUUUAAAUUCUUACUACGUUUUUCAAGCCUUCUCAUUAAGUCUUUGGUUUGCUACCUGCUAUAAUGAAUAUGCUGCAAUACUUGUUGUUAUUACGCUCUUGUCCAUUGUGGCCACAGUCUACAAUCUCAGGAAGCAAUCUGUUAAACUGCACAAGAUGGUUGCGUUUCAUAACAAUACAAUGGUUACUGUUCUCAGGAACAAUGGUGUUUUGGAAGAAACUGAAUCACAGAAUUUAGUUCCUGGAGAUGUCAUGAUUUUAACAGGAAAAAAGUUGAAUUUACCCUGUGAUUCUAUUUUACUAACAGGAAGUUGUGUUGUAAAUGAAGGAAUGUUAACAGGGGAAAGUGUCCCAGUGAUGAAGACAUCAUUGCCAAAUGUUGACAAUUCACUUGCUUGGAAGGAGUACAGUGGUGAGGAUUACAAGAGACAUGUUCUAUUUUGUGGCACUGAGGUCAUUCAAGCACAGAGAAGUCAUAAAGACUUUGUGAAAGCUGUUGUGUUAAGAACUGGAUUCAAUACAGCUAAAGGGGACCUUGUUCGAUCCAUCCUCUACCCUAAGCCAGUCAACUUUAAACUCCAUAGAGAUGCCAUCAGGUUCCUAAUUGGACUUGUAACAAUUUCAGUGGUUGGAGUAAUAUAUAUUGCUGUUAUUAAUACAAAGAAUAAUGGUUCUGCCACCUACACUGUGCUCUGGUGUUUUCUUCUUGUCACUGUCAGCAUCCCUGCAGCUCUACCAGCCUCUCUCACAGUUUGUAUAUUGUACGCACAAACAAGACUUAAGAAAAACAACAUCUUCUGUUUAAGUGCACAAAGGAUUAACAUGUGUGGACAGCUUAACAUCAUCUGCUUUGAUAAAACGGGUACCCUAACUGAAGAUGGCAUGGAACUUUGGGGCAUCGUUCCCUCGGGAGGGACACUUUUUCAGGAUGUGCAUUGCUUUACCCCUGGGGACAACUUGCCUUGGGGUCCACUGCUAGGAGCGAUGGUCGGCUGCCACUCGCUCAUUGUCUUGGAUGGCAAACUACAUGGAGAUCCACUUGACCUGAAAAUGUUUGAAGGAACAGGAUGGGAAAGAAAUGCUGAAACAAAAGAGGGCGAGGAAUCAACCCCAUAUAUCAUUCUCAAACCAGGACCAGGAGCUGAAAAGGUGCCAGUAGAAGGUAUGGUCAUUCUACACCAGUUUCCUUUCUCAUCUAGUCUACAGCGCAUGUCUGGCAUUGCUCAGGUCAUAGGAAAUGAUGAACAGUUGGUAUUUAUGAAGGGAGCUCCAGAAAUGGUAGUUCAGUUCUGCAAACCUGAAACAGUUCCUCUGCGUUUUCUAAACAAACUUGAAUAUUAUACUUUGCAAGGAUUUCGAGUAAUUGCACUGGCUUAUAAAAUAGUAGAGGUAAAGGGUCAAGAUUUCCUCCACAGCUUUGACAGGGAGGAAGUGGAAUCGGAUCUUGUAUUUCUUGGAUUUCUUGUAAUGGAAAAUACACUUAAACCUGAAACAAAACCUGUUUUGCAAGAGUUAAUGGCUGCCAAUAUAAGGACUGUUAUGAUAACAGGAGAUAACCUUCAGACUGCCUGCACUAUUGGCAAAUCUUCGGGGAUGAUUCCCUAUGGCAGUAACUUAAUUGUAAUAGAAGCCAAAGCUCCUGAAGGACAUUCUCCUGCAUCAGUCACCUGGCAAACAAUGAAUGACAAUGAAGAAAAUGAACACGUAUCAAACGAAUUAUACAUUGACAUGUGUGACACAGAUGAUAACAAAAUCAAACCUUUUCAUUUUGCUAUGACUGGCAAAUCCUAUCAAGUAAUUGUGAACCAUUUCUAUACAUUGCUUCCAAAAAUUCUUCUGAAUGGAACCAUAUUUGCUAGAAUGAGUCCAGGACAAAAGUCCAACCUUAUCGAGGAAUUUCAGAAGAUAGAUUAUUAUGCUGGCAUGUGUGGAGAUGGAGCAAAUGACUGUGGGGCUUUAAAAGCAGCUCACGCUGGUAUCUCACUAUCAGAACUAGAGGCUUCUGUGGCUUCACCUUUCACAUCAAAAACCCCCAAUAUUGAAUGUGUUCCAAAGCUUAUCAAAGAAGGACGAAACUCACUUGUCACUUCAUUCUGUAUGUUCAAUUAUAUAGCAAUGUAUGCUAUGAUCGAACUCAUUUGUGUGAUGCUUCUAUUUUGGAAAAAGGAACUACUUGGGACCCGGCAUUAUCUCAUGCAAGAUGUGGCCAUAACCAUCACAGUCAUAUUAACAUUGAGUUUAACUGGCCCAGCACCUAAACUGGCUCCAUACAGACCAUCUGGACAGCUAAUGUCACCACCUCUCUUACUGUCAAUGAUUCUGCAUUUCAUAUUCACCGUGAUUGUGCAGACAGUUGCUUUCACAGUGGUUCAACAGCAGCCUUGGUAUGAUGAGCAUGAUGUCUUCAGUGGAUGUCUUCCCUUAAAUCACAGUGCUCAAAAUAUCACAAUAAGUGAAGAACUUCUAGUUAAUCGAAAUUUUAAUACAACUACUUUGUGGUUUGUAAGUGGGAUCAAUCUUAUUAUUGUGGAAUUUGUAUUCUGCAAAGGAAGGCCUUUCAGAAAGCCAAUAUAUACUAACUAUAUCUUUACUAUAUUGCUUCUUGCACAACUGGCUGCCUAUUUUUUUGUCUACUUUGCUGAUAUUGAAUCAGUUUACCGUAUUAUGGAGCUUGUCUGUACACCGUAUUACUGGAGAUGGAACAUGGUUAUUAUGGUGGCUGUGCUUUUGGUCGUUUCAUACCUUGUUGAGGAAGGAUUUGUAGAAAACAGAAAGCUAUGGUUAUUACUGAAGAAAUUGUUCAACUACCACUCAAACAGCCAGUAUAGACAUCUUGAAAGGAGUUUAAAAAAUGAUCCAAAAUGGCCCCCCAUAAAUGAAACUAUCUUCUCUAAACAAGUGGAGUGUGAAACAGAUGUACAAAACCAUGCUUAUAAAAAUCCCGUCUUCGAUGAAGCAACAGAGAUAAAAACAGUUUGCAAUAGCAAUGGAGACUUAUAAGUG